AUGCCACCAGAAAAUGCUUCUAGUCUCAACAUGAACAAAAUACCUUACAACUCUUUGAUGACAAUUGAUUUCAACUCCAAGAGAGCAGUGAAUUUGAAUGAGUUUUCUCAGCUAAUAGUCAGAAUCAAACAAGAUAUUAUUGAUUAUCACACCGAUUCAAAUCCUAGGCCAAAUAGAAGCACUCUUAAUGACAGCUCCAGCAAAACAAUCAGUAAAAUCACCCAAAUCAAAAGAAACAGCAAGAUUGUUGAAAGAAAGAGAAACAGCAAAAUCAUUGAAGGCAAGAGAAACAGCAAAAUCAUUGAAAACAGAUCUGAAAGCGAUGAUUCUCUUGUCAAAUCUAUAAAAAGAAAAUACAGGAACAGUUUUAAUCCUUUUAAAAAGGAAACCAGCAGUCUGCCAAAUUUAUUAGAUGAUUCUCAAAACAGUUUGCAAAACAAUUCUCAAAAAGAUUUUCAAAAAGAUUUCAAAGAAAUUAAGAUCCAAUCAAUACCUUCCCACAAAGUUGAUAUCGACGAUUUAUAUUCAAAAUUUACCUAUUUUUUCAACUAUAACUCGAUUCAAAUCUUAAAUUUAACAGUAGUCACUAUAAAUGAUAUUCUCAAUCAUUUUUAUAAUACCAAUAAUAUACCUUGUUUAACAACUGUCAAAUUGAAUUUCUUGAAACAUAAUUUAUUAAAUCAUUUGCUAAAAUAUUCUUAUAUUAAAAUCAAUCGAAACAGUAAUCAAACAUUACAAGAAAAAUUAAACAGAAAUUCUUUUCACCUAUUUUUAUAUCUAUUAAACUCCUUUGACGGUUUAAAAAACUCGAAAAACAAUUUCCAUUUCCUUCAAACUAUAAUUGAUAAUAACCAAUUUUCUCAUUAUUUACUAGCAUAUACUAAAAGCUCUAUAAAAAAAUUUAUACAAGAUGAUUCUCAUCCUGAUGAUAUCCCCGAUAUAAAUGACGAUGAAUUCAUUCUAGCUAAUCAAAAACUACUAAAAAUCUUAAAAAUCGUCUCUUCAGUUAACCUUGAACUUCACAUAAUUUUUUUCAACUCUCCUAAAUUAUUGUUUUAUUACUUAAUUCCAGCUUUGAGUUCUUUUGAGAGUGAAACAAUUAUUUUGAUUUUAAAUUCAAUCUCAGAUUUAUUCAAAUACAUUUUAUCAAUCUCUUUGGAUUCAGAUGAUACAAAUUUUAAUUUUAAAUUGAAUAAUUUUAAAGAAAAUUUUUUUGAAAACCUUGAAUCUUCAAAAUUAUUAAAAAAAUUAUUAAAUUAUUUUAAUUUUUCAUCAAAAGCAGAGAUACCAACAAAGUUACUUAUUCUACUUUUAUCUAUUAUCAAAUCAAUUCUCUUAAUUUUUGGUUCAAAUUUAUCUUUAAAUCAAAAAUUCACUUUACUAAUUCAUAAUGGCUUUUUAACUAUUUUAUAUCCUCUACUAAUUUCAAAUAAUUUGCAAAUUAAACAGCUUUCAAUAGAAAUACUUCAGAUAAUAACAUUACAUAAUAAAAAUAAAAUUGAUAGUAGUCUAAAUCAAAAUAAAUUAACUUUAACUAAUAUCACCUACUUUGAUUUAGUUGAUCUGAUUGAAACUCAUGGUUUUAUGCUUUUAAUAUCCAAAUCAAUCAUGAACUUUCACGACUUUUCUUCAAUUUAUCACAAUUUCUCAAAUCAAAACUUAAAACAUUACAUAAGAUCUUUAAUUUCUUUAGAUAUUCUUAUAAAUAUUCUUAAAAAUGAUGAUCAAAAGGGCACUUUUUUGAAAAAAUUAGAUUCUAAAAACAUUUUUAUAAAAUUAAUUAGUUCAAUUUUAGGUUUCUUUAAUGAAAUUGUUAAAGGAUUUCUGUCUUUCUUAAAGUCUUCAAAAUACAAUUUAAAAACUAAAGAAAGAUUAAUAUUUUUAAAUCUUUUGUCCAUGGAAACUUUUCUUGGGUUUUUAAGUGAAUUAUUGAGAAUCUCUAGAAGUUUUCAAGAUGUUUCAAAAUUAUUUAAAGAUUCCAAAUACUUGAAUGAUUCCUUAAUUUUACUUAAUAAUCUAAAAGAUUUUGAGAAAGGUGAUUAUUUUCAGAAAAAUCAACUAAAAAGCUCUUUGCAAAUUUAUUAUUAUAAUAUAAUUGAGUUUAUUUAUAAAAAUUUGGUUUUCCAUUUAAGUUUUAACGAUAAAAAUGUCACCAAUACGAUACUGACCCUCUUUUUCAACAAAAACACUAUAGAUUUUUUAAAUUCGUUUUUUCUUGAUUUGUUUAAUGAUUUAAAAGCUCCUGAUUUUGAAUAUAAUAGUGGUGAUGACAAUGAAAGCAUUGAAUCAAAAAUAAAUGCCUUAGAAGAAAUUAUUUUAUUUUUGAACAAUAUAUUAAAAAUAGAUAUUAAAACUAAAGAAAAUAACAAUAACGAAGUUUUAUUAUCUAACCAUAUUAUCAAGACUUUAAACCCAAUCAUAAAGAUUCUUUCCCUGAAAUUUUUAAGAAAGGAUUUGCUGCCUGUAAAUUUCAAAAAAAGAAGAAUGAGUUUAAAUUAUUAUAAGGGUGUAUUUGAAGGAAGAUAUAAUACUAUUUUAUCAUAUACAGCAUCGAUAUCUUCUGUCAACGAGGAUGAUUAUGGUGAUAGUAACAUUUUACAAUCAAAUUCACUUGAUGGGUUCAUUAUGAAUAAUGUAGGUGAUGAAAACAGGACUUCAGAGACAGUUAAAAAUAUUUCUAUCGAAAAUAACCUAGAUGUUUUCUAUAUUUGCAACAAGUCAUUAUUAUUAAAUAUUAAUAAAUUACUUUUGAAUUGUUUAAAAUUUUGCACCGAAUUGAAUUCUAGUAUGAUAAGCAAUAUGCUAAAAUUUUUAAUGAAGGAGCAGAUUUUUAAUUUUGAAAAUAAACAAGAAUUUACAGAAAAACAAAAAACAUUAUCAAUAGAGUUACAAACUGAGCUAUUUUCAUUUUUAUUUAAUUUUUUAUUAAAUGAGAAUAAUCAAAAUAGUAAUUUUGAAAUAAAAGAGAAAAUUGAGUUUAAGAAUAACCACAAAAGAAAAAUAUGUGAUUGUUUAAUUUCAUAUCUUAAUAAUUAUUAUGAAACAAACUAUGAAUCAUUUGAUCUUAAAAAAAUUGGUUGCUUUAAGAAAAAUUACAUUAUUCAGAUUUGUUUAAAGAUAACAUGCAACCUUUCAUUAGAUAAAGAGUUUGCGGAUUAUUUUUUAAAAUAUUUUCUGAUUGACAUUUCAUUAAAGUUGAUUCAUAAAUUAAUUCAGUUAUAUAAUAUUUCUGUUGAAAAUGAGAUUGAAUUUGAUUCAAUAUUAUAUGAUUUUUUGGUUUUGAGUUUGAAUUUGAUAAGCAAUUUAAUGUACAAUGAUAACCGAUUGAAAAAUUUCAUAAUUAUAAACAAUGCAGUAUUUGAGCCAAUGUUUAAAACUUUAAAAAUCGAAAUUGAAACAGCCCAAAUUGAAAGUGAAACCAAGACCAAGACCAAAACUGAAACUGAAACUGAAACUGAAACUGAGACAAAAUUAAUAGAAAAUGCAAACGAAGAAGAUUGUUUUGAUAAUUAUUUUGAUGAUAAGCGGUCUAUAAUUAAAGAAAAUGAUUCAUUGAUUGCCUUCAUUAAAUUUGAGAAAAAGGUAAACAAUGUGGAUAAAGAACCAAUAAAAGAGAAAAAAUAUACAAAUAUAAAGUUAACAAAACAGAUUUUAAUACUAAUAGGAAAUUUAAUUUGUAAUAAUGAAUUAGAACAAGUGAAUUCGCUUUUUAGUAAGUAUGAACUAUUAAGUGUGUUAAUGGGAUUAAAAAUAGAAGUAUUUUUUGAAGAUAUAUUUAGGAUUUUAGGCAAUUUACUAGUAUUAGAACGAUUGAAUAAAAACAAUGAAGAUGAGUUAUUUUCAAGCAUAAAGAUAUUAUUUGAAAAGCGGGAUUUACGGUUGAUUUUUUUGAAUUUCAAAAAAAUAAAAAACAAAAACAAUAUAAAAAACAAAAAGAAAUUUGAAGAUGGUUUUAUUUUUCUAAUUGAAAAUAUAGUGAAAAAGUGUGGAAAAACAAAAAAUAAUUUAAUUGGUGGUAUUUUUGGAAACAACAAAAUUUUUAUUGAGGAUGAAAUAUUGAAUAUAUUGGAGAAAAAUUGUGAUAUUGAUAAUUUUAAUCAAUGCAAAAUAUAUAAAACUGAAGGGAAAACUGAGGAAUUCAUUGAUUUAAUUGAGAAUGGAAGAUUUGAGAUAAAUGAUAAAUUGAUUAAUAUAUACUGCAGUUUGAUAAGUAAUAAUAAUGGAUCAUUAUUAGUGAAAUUGAAAAUUUUGAAUAAUAUUUCAAAGAUUGCAGAUGACCGUAAAAUGGUUAUUAAAUUUUUAGAUACAAGGAUUUUUCAUGAAAUAUUAAAAUUAUUUAAUGAGAAUAGUUUAAAUAUGACUAUGAUUAAAUUAGAGAUAAAUUUUGAGAUAUUGAAUAUUUUUGCAAAAGUAAUUGAGAUAACUCAAGAUGAAAGUUUAGAGAUUCAAAAAUUGAUUAAGGAAUUUAUUGAGAAAUUAUUAGAGUCCAAUGAAGAUGACAAAAUCUUUUUUAAAUCAUUUGGAGAAACAUUUAAUUAUUACUUGAAUAAUAUUAAUGAAAAUUAUAAGAUAAUAUUAGGGAUCAAUUUGUUUUUAACAAGAUUUAUUUAUUAUCAUAAGGAACAUUUUCCUCAAAUUGCUACAAAUUUUGAGAUCAGCUUCAAUUACAUUCGAUUAUUGAUUUUAUUGAAUGGCCUUAAAACUCCCGAUAACAUUGGGAACAGCAGACCACUUAGGCUUGACGAUACAUACAAAGGGGAAUUGAACCUUGCAAACACAUCGUUUGAGAUACUAUUGAUUUUGAGCCAGUUCUUGAGAGUGAAAAACCCAGAACUUCAAAGAUACAUAAUAAAAGACAACAGGUUGCUGGAAGUGUUGAUGGAGUUGAAACUGAAAAACACUCACACAGAAACAAUUACCACCAGACUCCUCGAACAAAUUACCUCCAUUAACUGCUUUUAG